AUGGACCCACUGUGCAUGGCCCACCCAGGCCCUCGGAAGAAGCAGCCCAGAAAGAUGAAACCCUCCAUGGCCUCCCGACCUUAUGACAUCAAGUUUCGAGAUUUGGUCCUCUUCAUUUUGGAGAAGAAAAUGGGAGCCACACGGAGAACCUUCCUCAUGGAGCUGGCUCGGAGGAAAGGGUUCCAGGUGGAAGAUGAGCUCAGUGAAUCUGUCACCCACCUGGUGGCAGAAAACAACUCUGGCUCCGAUGUUUGGGAAUGGCUCCAGGACCAUAACAUGAAAGUCAGCUCACGUCUAGAGAUCCUCGAUGUCUCCUGGCUGAUAGAGUGCAUGAGGGCAGGAAAGCCCGUGGAGCUGACAGGAAAAUACCAGCUUACGGUGAGAAGAAACAAUUCGGUUGACCCAAAUGCAGGACCCCAGAAGACACCACUGCCUGCUGUAAAAAAUAUCUCCCAGUACGCUUGUCAGAGAAGGACCACUUUAAACAACCACAACCGCAUUUUCACGGAUGCCUUUGAUAUAAUGGCUGAAAAUUUUGAGUUUAGAGAAAAUGAAAUGACCUGCCUGGCCUUUAUGAGAGCAUCAUCUGUACUUAAAUCUCUGCCAUUCACAAUCCUCUGUAUUAAGGACAUACAAGGAAUUCCUUGCCUGGGAGACAAAGUAAAGAGCAUCAUCGAGGAAAUUAUUGAAGAUGGAGAAAGUUCUGAAGUUAAAGCUGUGUUAAACGAUGAACGAUAUCAGUCUUUCAAACUCUUUACUUCUGUAUUUGGAGUGGGACUGAAGACAUCUGAGAAGUGGUUCAGGAUGGGUUACAGAACGUUGAGCAAGAUAAGGGCAGACAAAACCCUGAAAUUCACAAGUAUGCAGAAAGCAGGUUUCCUCUACUAUGAAGACCUGGUCAGCUGUGUGACCAGGGCAGAAGCGGAAGCCAUCAGCGUGCUGGUUAAAGAGACUGUCAGGACAUUUCUGCCUGAUGCCUUCAUCACCAUAACAGGAGGGUUCCGCAGGGGCAAACAGACUGGACAUGACGUGGACUUUCUAAUUACCAGUCCAGGAACAACAGAAGAAGAAGAAAACCAACUCUUACCGAAAGUGAUCAAUGUGUGGGAAAGGAAGGGGUUACUUCUAUACUACGACUUCGUGGAGUCGACGUUUGAAAAGUUCAAGACGCCGAGCAGGAAGGUGGAUGCUUUAGAUCACUUCCCAAAAUGUUUCCUGAUUUUUAAAUUGCACCAUCAGAGGGUGGACGACGCGCAGGCCAGCUGGCAGGAGGGGAAGGCCUGGAAGGCCAUCCGCGUGGACCUGGUCGUGUGCCCUUACGAGUGUCGCGCCUUCGCCCUGCUGGGCUGGACUGGCUCCCGGCAAUUUGAGAGAGACCUCCGGCGCUAUGCCACGCACGAGCGGAAGAUGAUGCUGGACAACCACGCACUGUAUGACAAAAAAAAGAGGAUAUUUCUCAAAGCAGAAAGUGAAGAAGAUAUUUUUGCACAUCUGGGACUGGAUUACAUUGAUCCAUGGGAAAGAAACGCCUAG